CCUGCGCUCAAACAUCUUUCCACACUCUUCUUUCUCUCGUGUGUUUUCUCUGUCUCUGACACACAAGUCCAGCCUGUCAGACUUACUCGACUGCUUUCGGCCAACCCCUCUGUGUGUGAAACACGCUCAACGGGACAGACUCACAACACACCAUGAACAGAGACACCUGACAGCAACACUGACUGGACAGCAGCAGCAGAAGAGGCAUUUCAUAUUCAACAGAACAUCAGAUACAGCAAAGGCUGCAGGAGCAUCAGAUGGACAGCGAUCUUUUCUCCGAGCAGGAGCUCACCUGCUCCAUCUGUCUGGAUCUCUUCAGCCAGCCGGUUUCCACGCCAUGCGGCCACAACUUCUGCCAGGGCUGCAUCGGCGGCUACUGGGCGUCCAGCUCCGUCUGCAGCUGCCCUUUGUGCAAACGAGUGUUUGAAGAGCGUCCCGAGCUGAGCAUAAACCGUGUGUUCGCACACAUUGCCCAGAAGUAUAAAGAGAUGCAGUACGGCGGGCCUCCUCAAGCCAAGCCGCGACAGAAAGCCGCUAUGACCGGAGCGUCGCUCUCUGAGGGCGAGCAGAUCUUAUGUGACGUCUGCAGCGGCACGAAGAGGAAGGCCGUCAGCUCCUGCCUCACGUGCACCGCGUCGUACUGCGAGAUUCACGUUCUGCCGCACCGGCAGACGGCGUUCUACGCGUCCCAUCGGCUGCUGGAUCCGCACGAGGCCCUGCGAGGCCGAACCUGCCAGGAACACGGCCGACUGCUGGAGGUUUACUGUCGCACGGAUCAGAAGUGCAUCUGUGCCAUCUGUGUGCUGGAGGAGCAUCGCACACACACCACAGUCUCAGUGCAGACCGAACGCGCCAGCAAACAGAGACUCCUGGGAAGAACAGAACUGGACCUUCAGACAUGUAUUGACAACAGAAACGCUCAGCUGACUGAGAUGAAGAGCAAACUACACGCCCUGCAGAGCUACUCUCAGGCCGAGCUGUCCGAGGUGGAGCAGCUGCUGUCUGACGUCACGCACUCCGUCCAUCGCAUCCGCACCGAGCUGGUGGGCGGGAUCGAGGAGAGGAGGGAGGCUGUGAUUGGCCGAGGACAAGGCAUCGUCUCCCAGCUGGAGUCGAAGUUAGCGCAGCUGCAGGAGCGCAGGGGUCGACUGGAGGCGCAGGCCGUUUCAGAUGAUCACAUCGGCUUCCUUCAGAGUUUUGAGGAAGCCAACAGCCCCUUGCAGGACUCAGACACGGAUCUGCGUGAGGUGGAGGAAAUGACGCUACGCUUCUCGCUCGGGGACGUGAAAGCGGCUUUAGGAGAGAUCCGAGAGCGACUGGACGACAUCCGCGCCGGAGAAGUGCACUACCGACACCCUGUGUCUUCGUUGGCAGAGAGUGAGAGUAUGAUGAGCGUCCGGUCUCUGAGGAGGAAGGAGUGGUCACUGAAGGAUCUACGGAAAUUAAAAUUGGUGAUUAAACAGCCUGUCCAAAAGCAUAAUCCUGCAGCGAACAGCAAACUGGGACACAAGAAGGUUAAAGGUUAUCUUGAGGACGUCACACUGAACCCGACCUCAGCUUACCCGUUCCUCAUCCUCUCCGACGACCGCAAGCAACUGAAGCGCGGCGAGAAGCUGCAGUUCUACCGGAACAGCGCGCAACGCUUCGACGUGUGGUCCUGCGCGCUCGCCAAAGAGGGCUACGAGUCUGGACGCCACUACUGGGAGGUGAAGGUUGGAGAAAAUAAGGACUGGAAGUUGGGAGUGGUGCGUGAAUCUGCGCAGAGGAAGGGUCUGUUCGACAUGACGCCCGCUGUCGGAUACUACGCGCUCUGGUGGAGCGGGAACCACUUGCGCGCUCUGACCGCGCCGCCGCUGGCCAAGGUCAAAGUCACCGGUCACUUACGGCGCAUAGGCGUCUAUCUGGACUGUGAGGAGGGUCAGGUGAUCUUCUACAACGCCAAGACCGGGUCGGAGCUGUAUUCAUUCGCGGCAGAGCUCUCAGAGAAGACGUUCCCACUCUUCGGCACCGGCGACAAGGAAAUCCCGCUGGUGUUGAUGUCUCCGUUCCUCAGCGUCCCGGAGUGAGAACGAGCGGAUCCUGGACAGAUCGUCUUUGUGUUUUACGAGAAUUUAAUAAUAUAGGAAACAAAGACUUUAUGGUUUAUUUGUAGCUCAAAGUUUAGGGAAGUUUAAAUUAAGUGAAGAUAAAUUACUCUCUCUGUUCCACAGAUGCUGAAAUCAUAAACACUGUUCACAAGUUUGGAAUCAAUAAAACAUUUUUAUGUUUGAAAGAAA